AUGUGGUUCAUUUUAGAGUAUCAAACGCAAAUUUUGUACACUGGAAACAAAUUUGGAACCGCUUUGGAUUUUGGAAAAUUUAUGAUGAAUUUUGUCGCGUUCUUUAGCAUAUUAGUCGAAUCAUUUUAUUUUAGAAGUUAUAAUGAUGUCUUGUGGAAAGAGUUUCAGUGUGUUGAAGAAAAGAUUGGCAAAUGGUUUACACUAAAAAAUGCAUUUGAUGCUACUCAUUUGGUUAAAUCUACGUGGAUAACGAUUAUCUUAUUUUUCUUUUAUAUGUUCUUUUGGGAUAUAUUCUAUGCUUUUGUUAUUUGUCCUGAAUUGCGUAGUAGUAACUUUACGAUGGUAUUUUUAUUCGUAUACGCAUUGAUGCACGUUCGUCAGUUACAAAUGCUCUUCUACACAAAUAUGAUCAACUGCUAUCUUAAAAUUGUCGAGAAUCAUUUAAACUUCAUAAUUUCUCAAAGUAAAAUCAUGUUAUCACUACACAAUCUAAGCUACGACAUACAUUUACUCAGUGACGAACUGCAAAGUACUACAGCCGUUUUUAAAAAGCUUAUGGAUCAAGGAGCAACAUUCAACACAAUGUUUGGAUUUUCCCUGUUUAGUACAAAAAUGAGAGAACAUGUUCACAUUCUGACUGAUUUGUAUUGGGUUGUGUUCCAAUUCUUGAGUGGUAACGUUGUGAGAGCAAUUUUUCUGGCAACAAGUUUAUCUUCAAAGUGUGUGUGUCUCAUGUUGAAUUUCCGAUCAACGGAGGAAAUGUCUAGCCUGAUUGAUACUAUAAAUUGGCAUUCUCAUAAGUGUGUCUACUACAAUAGCAUUCUUUAUACAAGUGGGUUCUAA